AUGGCACUGUCAGUAACGAGUCUCGGGGAGCAGACAAGUGAGUCCAUCGUAGAGAAAGAACUUGACGAUCAGCCGGGCGAGCGAGGCUCUCAAAAUGUGGAUGUCGAGAGUGGCGUUGUGCCAUCUAGUGAUCAGCUCCUCACUAAGGAAUCCCCAGACGACAGCACCGAGCAGCGCGAAGAGAACGUCGUAGAUUGGGACGGCGAUGAUGACCCAGAUCAUCCAUAUAAUAUGGCACAUUGGCGUAUUGUUAUAAGUUCCAUCGUACUUUCUAUUCAAGGGUUCUUGUCUCCCUUAUCAUCCGCUAUUUUGGCCCCCGCCGUCAACCAGGUAAUGGAAGAGUUCCAGGUCGAAAGCGAUCUACUGGAAGCCUUCGUUGUAUCUAUAUAUACCCUAGCGCUUGCCUUCGGUCCUAUGAUAUGGGCACCACUCUCAGAGAUCUACGGUCGCCUUUGGGUGUACCACAUCACCAAUUUGGGCUUCAUCGCAUUCACCGUUGGAUGCGCCGUUGCGCCUUCGAUGUCGAGUCUCCUAGGGUUCCGUUUCCUGGCCGGCAUUUUCGGUUCCUGCAUCAUUACGAACAGUGGGGGCUCGAUCGCAGACAUGCUGCCCCCGGAGAAGCGGGGACUGGUCCUGUCUUUUUUCAUCAUGGGGCCUAUCCUAGGCCCUAUUAUCGGGCCUGUUGGCGGCGGCUUCCUGGCAACUAAAAUGGGAUGGCGCUGGGUCUUCUGGCUCGUCGCGAUCGUCGCUGGGUUUGUAGCCAUCAUGAUGCUACUUUUCAGCAAGGAAACCUACGGACCUGUUAUUCUAGAACGCCGGGCGGCACGUCUACGGAAGGAGACGGGGAAUCCUCACCUACAUGCCAAGAACCGAGAUGGGCUAUCUCCGUGGGCUAUCUUGCAACACGACAUCGUGCGUCCAUUCAGACUUCUCAUGCGGUCACCUAUCAGCAUCAUUUGUGCGCUGUACAUGGCCGUUGUUUACGGAACUCUCAAUCUUCUCAUCACAUCUAUAUCACAAGUUUAUCAGGAGACCUACGGCUUCGCACCAAACAUCUCUGGUCUUGCAUUCCUUGGGCUUGGCAUCGGAUGUAUGUCCGGCGUGACACUUGUGAAUACAACCACGGAAAGAUACGCAGCAAGACAGAUGAGAAAGAACAAUGGCGAAAGGAAACCUGAAUAUAAAAUCUUCCUACUCCCUAUCGGCGCCGUCCUUCUCCCCGCGGGGUUAUUCAUAUACGGCUGGACAGCCCGAUACCAAGUACAUUGGAUAGUUCCUAUUAUCGGCGAGGGAAUCGCAGGUAUGGGGAUUAUGACAAUGUUCUUCUCGACCGUCACGUACCUUAUUGAUAGCUUUACUAUCUUUGCCGCCAGCGCCUUGGCAGCAAACGGUUUCAUACGAUCGAUCGGUGGCGGUCUCCUCCCGCUCGCGGGAUUGACCAUGUACUCGAAAUUAGGAGUGGGCUGGGGAAACAGCGUGCUGGGUUUCAUUUCUCUUCUUACAUUUCCCAUUUCGCUUUGUUUACUUAAGUAUGGAGGGUACUUGCGGGAGAAAUUUGCUAUUACGAAUAGAAAGCAUUCCGUCCUAGCCAGGUUUAUCCAAGAGGCCACAUCCGCCGUUGCAGAAGAAGUACGGUUCUUGUCGGCCGACGUGAGAGCUUUGGUUCCCCCUUUCGAGAGUGUGCUCAAUCUCGCCAGUUUGAGUGACACCCACAAAGGACCUCUCGGCGGCGCAAUCGAAGGUGUCCUGUUAUGUGUUGCUGAGCUAGCUUCUCUCAUAGGGUACUUCGAGAAUAAUCCCUCCGAACUCAACCUCGACCCUACCACAACAUGUCUUGCUGGCAUGGGCGUGGGUAUACUGGCAACGGUGGCUAUUUCGCUAGCACCCACGUUGGCGGAUAUUCCAAUCACUGGUGCUGAAGUAGUUCGUAUUGCUUUUCGUAUGGGAAUACACGUCGAUGAAGUAUCUCAAAACCUGGAGCCGCGCCCCCUUUCUGGGUCACCCGACCCGUGGGCCUAUGUUGUAUCAGAAGUCUCACCAGACGACGUACAGAAAGAGCUCAGUGCUUUCCAUGCAAAAGAGAAAAUACCCGAAUCUGGCAAAAUAUUCAUCAGUGCAUCUAAUAAAACGUCGACGACCAUCAGUGGGCCGCCGUCAAGACUGAAGGCACUUUUCCGCAACCACGAUUUCUUUCGCGAUUCCAAGUUUAUAAGCUUACCGGUUUACGCUGGAAUAUGUCACGCGAAGCAUAUCUAUGGCGAAGAGGAUGUUCAAGCUAUUAUCCAGACACAGUCGUUGCGUCUUCUGGACUCGAAAUUCGCCCCCAUCCUCUCGAUUCUCGCGAGCAGUACUGGCCAACAGUACUUGGCACAAACCGCAACGGAUCUAUUUCACGAGGUCAUUUCCGAACUUCUCACCCGGAGCAUCCACUGGGAUAAUGUUAUGCGGAGCAUUUCUGAGAGGUGCUCUCACCUCAAGGCCUCAGAAUGCCAGUUGUUCAUGUUUCACAAAUCGCUCCCGACCCGAGAGUUAAUAUCCGCCCUGGAAGGUAUCCCGAGCCUUGAAACUUUCACAUACGAUAUGACAGCAUGGGUGCCCGAAAUUCAUAUAGGCCAACGAGGUCCGCAAGGACCAAUGCAAUCCAAGCUUGCCGUGGUGGGUAUGGCUUGUAGACUCCCCGGAGGAGCUACCACAACCGAUGAGUUCUGGGAAAUACUCGCAAAUGGUCGUGAUGUCCAUCAAGUUAUUCCGCCUGACAGAUUUGACGUGAAAACCCAUUAUGACCCUGAGGGCAAGAAACCGAAUUUCAGUCACACGCAAUAUGGCUGUUUUAUUGACAACCCCGGCUUUUUCGAUGCCCCUUUCUUUAACAUAUCCCCCAAAGAAGCCGAACAGACAGAUCCUAUGCAACGGUUAGCUUUGGUCACAGCAUAUGAGGCUCUCGAGAGGGCUGGAUUCGUGCCGAACCGAACCACAUCGUCCCAUUCCCCCGUGUUGGAACAUUCUACGGCCAGGCCGCCGAUGACUAUCGCGAGGUCAACGCUGGUCAGCAGGUUGGCACUUACUUCAUUCCUGGAGGAUGUCGCGCAUUCGGCCCCGGUCGAAUCAAUUAUUUCUUUAACUUUUGGGGGCCGAGUUAUAAUAUUGAUACCGCGUGUUCCUCUAGCUUGGCCGCCAUUCAGGUUUGCAACAGCUGCAUGCACCUCGCUCUGGGCUGGAGACUGCGAUACCGUGGUAGCUGGCGGAUUAAAUAUCCUAACGAACUCCGAUGGUUUUGCCGGGCUAUGCGAGGGGUAUUUCUUAACUAAGACGCCGAAUGCGUGCAAAACAUGGGACUCGGAGGCAGACGGCUAUUGUCGUGCCGACGCUAUCGGGUCUCUUGUAUUAAAGAGGCUUGAAGAUGCAGAGGCCGACAACGACAACAUCCUGGGUGUUAUCGUUGGAGCCGCUACAAACCACUCUGCCGAGGCUGUCUCGAUUACCCACCCGGACGCUGCAGCUCAGUCCGAACUCACUCGAAAAGUCCUAAGCCGGGCGGGUAUCGACCCUCUAGACGUAAGCUAUGUGGAAUUGCACGGCACAGGAACCCAGGCAGGCGACUUGGUCGAGAUCAAGUCUGUUACGGAUGUAUUUGCUCCUAUAGUAAGACGCAGAAGCGUGAACCAACCACUUCACAUCGGCGCGGUCAAAGCUAACGUCGGUCAUUCUGAAUCCGGCGCUGGAGUGACGGCUAUGCUUAAGGUCCUUCUAAUGUUGGAAAAGGAGAAGAUACCGCCGCAUAUAGGUAUCAAGGGUACCAUCAAUCCGGGGUUCCCAAAGGACUUGGAUAAGAGGAACGUACAUAUCCCAUUUGAGGAAAAGCCAUGGGCCCGUGUUGCAGGGAAGAAACGUAUUGCAGUCGUGAACAACUUUAGUGCUGCCGGUGGAAACACAUCGAUCAUAAUAGAGGAGGCAACCCCCAGAGAGAUUACAGAGACGGAUCCUCGCCCAAAUCAUGUCAUCACCGUGUCAGCUAAGAGCAAGACAUCCUUACGCGGGAAUAUUGAGAGAUAUCUUACACACCUAGGAAAGAACCCGGACUUGUCAAUUGCGGACUUGUCGUACACGACUACCGCUCGUCGCCACCAUCACAGCUACCGUGUCGGCUUUACGGCCGCCAAUAUUGAACAAGUCAAGAUCCAACUCUCGUCCAAGAUCCCCACCGUCGACUCAGUCAAGCCAGUGUCAGCGGCGGGCGCAUCCUCGAUUGCGUUUGCGUUCACCGGUCAGGGUGCAUCCCAUAAAUCCAUGAAUAUCGAGCUAUUCCACACAUCCCCUUACUUCCGUUCUCAGAUAACGCACUUAGACUCCCUUGCACGGAAUCAGGGGUUCCCGUCUUUUAUCCCCGCCAUCGACGGGAGCUUCGCGAAGGACCAGAAUCACAGUCCCGUCAUUACUCAAUUGGCUCAAGUCUGCACGCAGAUGGCCUUAACGAAGUACUGGUGUUUGCUGGGCGUGAAGCCAACUGUGGUCGUAGGGCAUAGUCUUGGCGAAUACGCUGCCUUACACGCUGCCGGGGUAUUGACAGCUAGCGAUGCGAUCUUCCUCGUGGGCCAAAGGGCAAGACUGCUUGAGCAGAAAUGCCAAGUUGGAAGUCAUAAGAUGAUGGCCGUACGGGCAUCACGUUCUGAGAUUGAAGAGUCGGCUCGCGGUAGGCCAUAUGAGGUCGCUUGCAUUAAUGGUCCCAAGGAAAUUGUCUUGAGCGGACCCCGAGAAGAGAUCGAUGUGCUGGGCGAAGUUCUACAAGGUGAUGGUCAUCGUUGCGUGAGCCUCGAUGUUUCGUUUGCUUUCCACUCCGACCAGACUGAUCCUGUUUUGGACGAGUUCGAAGCCAUCGCGAAGAGCGCAGUGCUUUUCAAGGCACCUGAGCUGCCGGUAGUAUCACCUCUACUUGCUAAGGUCAUCUUCGACGAAAAGACUGUGAAUGCGCAGUACGUUCGACGAGCGACGCGAGAGGCCGUCGAUUUUGCUGGUGCACUCCAAGCUGCUCAUAAUCUAGGCACCGUCGAUGACAAGACAGCGUGGAUCGAAAUCGGCCCUCACCCGGUCUGCAUGAGUUUCGUCAAGUCCAACAUCCCCGCCACUAACGUCGCCGUCCCUUCACUUCGUAGGGACGAAGACAGCUGGUCUACGAUGGCCCAGAGUAUGUGUGCUCUUCACUGCGCUGGAGUGGACAUAGACUGGCAUGAGUUCCAUCGUCCUUUCGAGCGAGCACUUCGUCUCUUAGACCUUCCUACUUACAAGUGGAAUGACAAGAAUCAUUGGAUCCAAUACAAUGGUGACUGGAUGAUUAAAAAAGACAAGAUGUGCUCCGGGGAUGAUAAGAAAGCCGCGCCAGUGCUAACCGGAGCCGGACUAACCUCGAGCGUCCAACACCUGAUAGAGGAGAGCGUGGACGAGUCCACUGGAAUAACGAAGGUUACAAUGCAGUCGAACCUCAUGCAAAAGGAGUUCCUCGCUGCCGCAAAUGGACACUCUAUGAAUGGAUGUGGUGUAGUGACGUCGUCCAUCCAUGCGGAUAUCGCAUACACUCUUGGAGAAUACCUAUACCGCAUGAUCAAGCCCAAAUCAAAGAAGGUGGAUAUGAAUAUAGCCAAUCUCGUUGUCACCAAGGGAUUGGUCGCAUGUAAGAACACCAAGAUACCCCAGAACAUACAGGUCUCCAUCGAAUCUGUACCCGGCCAGCCUAACGUAGCCGAUUUGCACUGGCAUAACGUUAUGUCUGACGGCCUGAUUGAGGAGGCCUUCGCGACGGCCAAUAUCAUCUACGGCGAUGCUGGUGAGUGGCAUACCUCCUGGGCCCCGAUAGCCCACUUAGUUCAGGGUCGAAUGGAGGCUAUUGAGCGUGCAGCACAAGAAGGGUUCGCGACCCGAUUCUCCAACAGCAUGGCGUACCUGUCAUUCGCCAAGAGUCUUGUUGACUAUGCGCCAAAGUACCGUGGCAUGCAGUCCGUCAUCUUGAAUGGGUUUGAAGGCGUGGCCGAGGUGACCUUGGCCACCGAGAUGGGCGGUACUUGGACCGUGCCCCCUCAUUUCAUCGACAGCGUGGCGCAUCUCGCGGGCUUCAUCAUGAACGUUUCGGAUGCGAUCGACAACACGAAUAACUUCUGUGUGACCCCCGGCUGGAACUCGAUGCGCUUUUCGAAGCCACUCGUUCCCGGCGCCAAGUAUAAGUCCUACACCAAGAUGAUCCCCACCGUGGAAGACCCGUCCGUCUACUUAGGUGAUGUCUACAUUAUGCAGGAUGGCGAGAUCAUGGGCAUGGUAGGCGGAAUCAAGUUCCGCCGGUACCCUCGUCUCCUUCUUAGUCGUUUCUUCUCUGCACCCGACGACCCGUCCAAGCCUCCGACGGCCGCAGCCGCCCAACCCGCAGCACCCAAGACACCAGCGCCAAAGCCAGUAGCAGCAGCAGCAACCGCCAAGUCGCACGACGAAGCUGCCCCAGCUACCCCGGCCAAACCUACUCCAGAGCCCAAAACUCUCAGCUCCAAAGCACUUGAAACGCCGGCGACUAUCGAGGGAGCAGCCGCGGUUGACGAAAACAGCACUGCCGGCAAAGCCCUAGAAAUCAUUGCAAGGGAGGCUGCGCUGGAGGUAUCGGAGCUCACCGAAGACGUCGCCUUCAGCAACCUCGGUGUGGACAGCUUGCUAAGUUUAGUUAUUGCUGAGAAGUUUCGCGCCGAGUUAGGAGUCCCCGCGAGCGGCGGAGUCUUCCUGGAGUAUCCCAGCGUCGGCGAACUAAUAGCGUGGCUGACGGAAUACUACGGUUAA